AGAUGAAAAAAUGAUUGUUCUUAUCGUGAAACAAUUAAAAUACAACGUUGCUUCAAUUUCAGAGUUUAAUGCCAAAGCUUAUUUAGAAUUUUUCCGCAUCACUUCAUUACAUGUAUAACUAUACAAGUAUACAUGUAUAACAUUUCUGACUUACUAACAAAAAAGUGAAAAGCUUCAAAUGAUUAUUCUUAUCUGACGAAAAUAAUUAAUGUUCCAAUAAUCCAAUGAAAGAUGAAGAAUGGGUUCAUCUUCACAGAAAUAUAAAUAAUAUUAUUGACCAAAUAUGUCAUAAGGAAGUUUCAAAAUAAAUUUUAUGCACUGGAAUAUCGCAAAAUAAAACGAAAUGAUGCGAAAUACAACUGCAGAAUUGCUGUUGAAUUCAGGUGGAUUUCAUGCUAACUUCACCGUAGAGGAAGCCGAAAUCACUGGCCCAACCGAAUUGUUUUGGUUUGCUGCUAUGUGUCUAGCUUUGGGUAUUUUGAUUAGCGCGACUGUCAUCGGCAAUGUAUUUGUGAUGGUUGCGAUUGUCAAAGAUCGUAAUCUCAAUAAUCUCAGCAAUUACUUGGUGUUUUCUUUAGCUCUUGCAGAUUUGUUGGUGGCAUUACUCGUUAUGCCAAUUGGUGCUGUUUAUGAAGUGAAGCAGCAAUGGACCAUGGGAGCAGCUCUUUGCGAUCUAUGGACUUCUUGUGAUGUUCUCUGCUGCACUGCAUCAAUAUUACAUCUUCUGGCUAUAGCCGUAGACCGUUAUUGGGCCGUCACCAACGUAGAUUAUGCUAGGAACCGCUGUAAAAAACGAAUAUACUUGGCGAUUUUCUUAGUGUGGACAAUCUCAUUCACUGUAUCUAUUGCACCAAUAUUUGGAUGGAAAGAUCCCGACUUCAAUACGAGAAUAGAAGUUGAAAAAAGAUGCCUAGUCAGUCAAGAUUUAGGCUACCAAAUAUUUGCCACUUGUUCCAGCUUCUACGUUCCGUUAGUUAUGAUACUUAUUCUCUAUUCGAGGAUCUUCCAAGAAGCUCGCAAACGGAUUCGUCGGAGACCGGGUGCAGCUAGCCAAGCGAUGCUGCUCGUGCAAAGACCGCCUCCCGUGUUCACAGAUUCCAAGCGCAGUAGCAGUUCACCAAGUGGUGGAUCGAGCUUCGACCCUCCUUCUUCGGUCGUAGACACAACACUCUCAUGCAAUGUGCAAGACAACAGCAUGGCGACAGCACAAACUGUCAACGGCGUCCAGCCUGUAAAACAACCCUUGAAUGCUCAAACGUCUUCUUCAGGUACGGGAGCAAUGGGAAGAUUAUUGCACAUUGGCAAACGAGAGAAAAAGCCAGAAAACAACCUAGCCAAACGUGAAAAGAAGGCAGCUAAAACUUUAGCUAUUAUAACUGGCGUGUUUGUGGUGUGUUGGCUGCCUUUCUUCAUAAUGGCUUUGCUGCUACCUCUUUGUAACGAAUGCGAGCCAGAUUUCCCUAUAUUUAGUAUCUUCCUAUGGCUUGGAUACGCAAACUCUACGCUCAAUCCAAUAAUCUACACGAUAUUUAGUCCAGACUUUCGAAGUGCAUUCAAGAAACUCUUGUGCCCGAUGCAUGGCACUCAGAGACCAAACUUGUGA